ACUUCACAUAGUGGAAUAAAGAGGAAUAGACGCCUGUGAGAAGAGGAAGAUCUCUGCAGCCAGAAGCAGGCAUGGCCUCCACCACUAAACCUCCCAGAGACUUCUGUAUGGAGAAGCAUCUGACCUGCUCCAUCUGCAUGGAAACAUUUACCGAUCCUGCGACCACACCUUGCGGUCACUCUUUCUGUAUGAAAUGCCUAGACUUGAGCAUGAUUUUGAAUACCAUGUGCCCUCUUUGCAAAAAGCAUUUGAACAAAAUCCCUGAUCCUAACAUUGUUCUGAGAGACAUUGUCCAACUGAUGAAAACUACUGAUGAUGAGUUCUCUGGAACAGCUGGGGAAGUAGCUUGUGAAGUUUGCAUCAAGCCAAAGUUAAAGGCUGAGAAGUCCUGCCUUAUAUGUCUUGCUUCAUAUUGUCCAACACAUCUGGAGAGUCAUUACUCAGCUCCAAGGUUUAAAGGUCACAAACUAGUGGAACCUCUAGAGAACCUAGAUGCAAGGGCUUGUCUGACACAUGGACGCCCUCUUGAGCUGUACAGCAGGAAGCAGCAAACGUGCAUUUGUGUUCGAUGUUUGGAAGAAGGUCAUGAGGAAGUGGUGUCGACUGAGGACGAAUGGGACAAGAAGAAGGCUCAUCUUGACAACACAAAGACAGAGUUGCAACAGAAAAUUACAACCAGAAAAACAAAGAUAGACAAGAUCAAUACAGCUCUGAAGAGUUGCAAGGACCAGCUUGACAAUGAGUGGUGGGACAUUGAAGCUGUGUUUACAGCUGUCCUUACAAUUUUAGAGGCAGCCCAGGCGAGUGUGCUGAAGCCUCUCAAAGACCGGAGAAAAUUACUGGACAAAGAAGCUAAAACCCUCAAAGAUGAGUUGGAAGCUGAAAUCACCAAACUUGAGACAUCGGUGUCAGAACUGGAUGAUAUAUCUGUGAUGGAGGAUCACAUUCUUUUCCUUCAAAGGUACCCAUCACUUUCCAUCCAGGAAAACACGAAAGACUGGGCAGACGUGGAACUCGACACUACAUUGUCUUUUGGCAUCAUGAGAGAAACUAUAACAACAAUGAUUGAAAAAAUGCAACAGGAACUUGAGAAGUUGACCUCCAUUGAACUUAAGAGACUAUCAAAGUUUGCAGUGGAUGUAAAGAUGGAUCCAAACACCGCGCACCGCCGCCUUGUUCUUUCUGAUGAUGGGAAGGAAGUAAGAGAUGGAGGAAAGGACCAGGAAAUAGCUGAUUCCUUUGAGAGGUUUGACCUGUUUGGGAGUGUCCUGGGACUCAACAGCCUGACCUCUGGGAGGUCCUACUGGGAGAUGGAGGUCGGGAACAAGACCGGGUGGGAUCUGGGUGUUGCGAGAGGCGGGGCCAACCGCAAGGGGAAACUCACGUUGAGUCCAGGUGAAGGCUACUGGGUUUUGGUUCAUUAUGAAGAGAAGAAGUACGCAGCCAUGACUGAACCACCUGCUGGCCUUUCCCUGGAAAAAAAACCUGAGAAGGUGGGGGUGUUUGUGGAUUAUGAGGAUGGUCUUGUCUCCUUCUAUGAUGUGAAGACCCAGGCUCAUAUUUACACAUUCAAAGGCUGUUCAUUCAAAGAUGAUCUUUAUCCAUAUUUCAGCCCACACGUGGUUCAGGGUGAGAAGAACUCUGAGCCGUUGGUUAUUUUAGCUGAGAAGUGUUGUGAAAUGCAUAAAAUAUAA